CAGGGGAGCUUGCAUUUCCCCUCACUGGAAAAACACAGACACAACGGACAAAUAACAGGCAUAUAAUAAAAAAUACAAGGAGUACCGUCACUGAUUAACAUAUCAUCCGUGUUUUUCCAGAAGCCGGAAGGUUUUCGGAACGUAUCGACGGCAGUAGCCAGAAGAGGAUACAUUGCAGUUUUUCCAAGACUAAUUCGAUAAAAAAUCUUCUAAUAACCAAUACGUGGUCUCCUCCAGAGAACACUCAAUUUAUCAGGAUACUGCUUCCCAGAAAAUAAUCUACCAAUGAGUCACCUUCUAGGCAACUUGUCUGUCCCUGGCUGGGGAGUCUUAUAGAAGGAGGGGGCUCCUCCUUUCUCCGAACAUCAUGAAAGGCUUGGGAGCCAAUCGCAAUCGUCACUUGUCAGACUCCUGUGAGCCCACCUCAGGACUCCCAGAAUCCCUCUACCCCCAUAGGGCCACCUCUCCAUCAAAGAGCCCCUACCUCCGUAGUCCUAUGGACCACUACGGAACCAUGGAUCUACACCAGUACCAAGGCCAUAACCAGGGCCCCCUACCUCCCGACUACAUGUUGCCUCUCAACAACCAACUUUCCAACAGCAGCACUUUCCCCAGGAUCCACUACAACUCACACUUUGACGAAUCCGACUUCUCCCCACCGGGAGGGGACAGCAUCGGGGGCAUCACUACUGGCACUAUGGGCACCUCUAUGUCCAUGGGCAUGGCUGGGUUGAGUGGACGUGGUCCGACCAUGAUUACCAGUGGUUCGGCAACCAUCUCACACGGUUCAAAGAAUCGGUUGCCACCAAACCUCCUGGACCAGUUUGAGAAGCAGCUCCCAGGAGGUCGCGAUGGUUUCAGCACAUUACAGUUUCACCGGUCGUCUGCUGUGGCCACUGCCAAACAGCGGACCGACAGCCCAGGGCGUAUCCGCUACAUGCUUCACUCGGUCCAGAAACUUUUUGCCAAGUCACAAUCCCUGGAGAGCCAUAAUAUGAAAGGUAGUGUCAAUGGCCGCUCCGCCAACAGUGGUACAUCGUCUGGAACCGAGGACAGUGGGAAGCAAAGUCGUCGGAGCAAAAGCAAAGAUCGGGCCACUGCCAAGUCGGACGGAACCGCCAAACGGCGGCCUCGAUCCAACAUGUCUGGAUACUGGAGCUCUGAUGACUUGGACAGCAGCGACUUAAGCAACUACCGUAACCCCAUGGCCAUGAUGACCCUGGGGCGAUCCACUGGUCCCGACACCCAGGGUGCAGGGCAGGAAAGGUACAACAUCCACGGUGCCUACAACACUAUCAGUUCUUCGAGGAGCAAUGUUGAGAUGAAGUACCAGGCCUUGCCAGGACCUGGGGGAGGAAGUGGGGGUGGGGGUGUUGGUGGGGGAGGAUAUGGGGGAAGCAUGACUGUGAAUAGUGACUUUAUGAAGGGAAACUCCUGGUCCACUCUGACCAUGGGCCAGCCUAGACAGGUUCUCCAAAAGGGGUCAGCAACCCUGGACAGGUCCCUACUCAAGUCCAAGUCCUGCCAGCAGGAUCUAGCUUGCCAGUACCUGCAGGUGCAGAGGAGGGGAGACUGGAGCAGCACAUUGGGUCGUAGCAGCGGAGCCAAUGAAAUUCCAUGUCGGCGGAUGCGGAGUGGCAGCUACGUGAAGGCCAUGGGCGACCUGGAGGACAGCGAUGACUCAGAGGGAAGUCCCAAACCCUCGCCAAAAAGUGCAGCUCGUCGGCAGAGCUACCUAAGGGCUACUCAACAAUCUCUGAGUGACCAGCUACCCCCACGCAACAGAGCCCUGGAUUACGCCAUGCGGCAGGGGGAGCUGGAGGCUCUGUGGGCUCCUCUCCAGAGUGUGUCCUCCCUCCACCAGCUGGGCAGCUGUCUGCCUUCUUUGAGGGAGCUCUCCAACAACCGUAGCCUGGACAACCUGGAUUGUAUUGUGAGUUCAGGGGGCUCUCCAUUCAACCACUGGGAUGAAGAGGACUUCAGUCAGGCCUGCAGCACGCUGGGAAGGAGCAGCUGCAUGGGGCAGCUACGAGACUUGGAGAUGAGCAAUCGCUACGAGGAGCACUGCUCUGAACCAGCAUUUAGAGAUUCCCGGUCGCAUUCCCAGGACAACAUCGACCCACCGGAUCUGCCCACCCCCACGUGCUUCCGCUCCCGCAGCCAUAGCUACCUGAGGGCCAUUCAGGCUGGCUGCUCCCAGGACGACGACACUGCUUCUGUGGACUCAGACUCGCCCCCACCCACCGCCACCACAGUUCGCACCUAUAGUACUAGCACUGGAGACCUUCCCCUCCCAUGGAAGAUAUGGAAAGAACAGUUUGGCUCUUACCUGAUAGCCUCCGGAUUGGAUAAAGCCCCAAAGGAUAAACAGCUUGCAAUUUUCCUUCAACGUUUGGGGGCGGAGGGACAGCGCAUCUUUGCCACUCUCCCAGUCUCAACAUGCAUAACGACUUGUAAGAAGGCAGCGCCCCCGCCAGUGCCCCCCCGCACCACCUCCAAGCCCUACAUCUCUGUGACGGUGCAGAGCAGUACCGAGUCGGCCCAGGACAACUACCUGGACCGGCACAGCGAGGUCAACAGCCAAUCCAGCCACGCUCACAGCAACUCGUCCGACAGCCUCGACAGCACCCGUGCCAACAGCCUGGCGAGGGGCAUCUCCCGUGCCCCACAGAUCAUCCCUGUGCCCAUGGCCACUCCCCGGGACCACUUUGUCCCCACCGUCACAACCAGCACUUCCACAGACACAUCUGAUGUCGGGCACGAGCCACUGAAGACGAGCAUAGGCAAGCUCAAUUUGGCCUCAGAGGAUCUCCUAGUGGACUCGGUACCCCGGAGGAAGCUCUCCUCCAUUGGCAUUCAGGUUGAUUGUAUUCAGGAAGUUCAGCGAGAGGAGACACCACCAUUGGCCAGAUUCCAGUCAAUCGGAGUGCAGGUGGAGGACGGGUGGCAGCUCAGUCGCUCCAGUAGCAUGGCAUCCAAGCAGGAAACCGACUCAGACACAAAUGACAUCCCCAGCACUUCCUUCCAGACCAACUCCAUCACCUCCAAGCUCCCAGAGAAGAAAGUCAUGGUCAACAGUGCCAGCCAAUCCAUGGACUCACCAGUGGGCCAGAGUCCCCUCAACAACAGGGAUCCUUCCCAUGAAUCCUCACCACCACCUCCCCCUCGGCAGAUCCUAAACCGCUCAACAACACGGAGUAGCUCAUCUUCAUUCUCGGAGAGCCUUGAUCCGGCACUGGACCCCUCCUGCCUGCCCCCUCCCGAUCCCUGGCUGGAAAGUGGAAACGGGAGUGGAUCUAGUGCGGGACCCUGCGUUGCCUCUCAGGGUGGUGGAGGACCGCCCUGUCGGAGGGACGGCCACUGGUUCCUGAAGCUGCUGCAAGCGGAGACGGGUCGCAUGGAAGGGUGGUGCCAGCAGAUGGAGCAGGAGACCAAAGACAAUCAACUUUCAGAGGAGGUGUUGGGAAAGGUCCGCAGUGCCGUAGGCAGCGCUCAGCUCCUCAUGUCCCAGAAGUUCCAACAGUUUAGAGGACUGUGUGAGCAAAACUUGAAUGUGAAUGCCAACCCUCGGGCCACGGCUCAGGACCUGGCCGGUUUCUGGGACCUGCUGCAGCUCUCUAUCGAGGACAUCAGCCUCAAAUUUGACGAGUUGUACCACCUCAAGUCCAAUGACUGGCAGCCUGCGCCUACCUCCUCGGCCGCUGCCCACUCGCCCCCAGAGCGGAAGGACGACCAAAAGCAGGUUCCUCCAGUGCCAAAGAAGCCUGGUAAAGGGAGGCCAGUGCUGGGCCGUGAGAAGAGCGCCGACUCUGUCUCCACCUCCUCGUCGGCCUCAGCCGAGAAGCAGCGACAGGAUGCUCGCAAGCGGCUGCUGGCCGCCAAGAGAGCCGCCUCUGUCCGUCAGAACUCCGCCACAGAGAGUGCAGACAGCAUCGAGAUCUACGUCCCUGAGGCUCAGACGCGCCUCUGAGAGAAGGAGACAUAGAGUGACCGAGCGAGAACUAUCCUUGUGAUUGACGUAGGGAAAAUGGAAAGAGUGGGGAUUCUCAUCUCAGUGGAAGCAAUAGAUGGUUACAAGGAGGCAGAGAAAGUUGAGAAGGAGACCACCAGCAAGGUUUCUCAGAACAUGGGUGGCGAAGGGUGUCAUGGUUACAUAUGCAGGUAUAGGCUGUCCUGGUGGGAACAUUGAUAGUAAAAUAAAGUGAGAGAAAUGAACAAAGUACUUUGGGGGUGUAGACGAAUAUGCGGGAAAACUCUUCAGGCGGCCAUUGAAAACCACAGAUAAUGAACUUGGUUAUAAAUUGUUACUAUUCUUGAUUAUUAAAAUUAUGAAAUUACUAUUGAGAACAAUAUUGUUAUCAUUAUCUGUUAAAGAAUAUAUAUAAAGACUGUUUUAGAUAUUCCUGUAUCAUGGCUAUAAGAGAUCUUCUAAUAAGUAACCGAGUUUAAAAGCGUUCGUGCUUAACCUUCUUCCUGAUAGACUAGUUUGCACAACGCCACUUUGGGGCCAUCGCAAAGUUUUACACAUUUACUCAGAGAAGCACUUGCAUUUGCACAUACACACAUACACACACAAUACAAACUACAUAUUCUCAGCUAUCAAUGUCUUCCCAAUCCUUUAUGUUUGUUAAGUCAAAUUAUUUUCUUUCUUUUUUUUUUACAUUGUAUGAUGUAAAAAUGCUGAAAUGCUUGCACGCAGAAGCAGAUUAUGUAUUUCUUAAAUGAGAGUGAGUUGUGAGCAUCUAGACAAGAAACAUUGUUUUCAUUUAUUUUAUUUCAGAAAGUCCACCAAUUCAAUAAUCCUUUGACAAGCAACAACAUUUCAUUGAUUGUCUAUGGCCAAAUUGAGGUAACCUAAAAAAUAUAUAUCUUUACCCUUUAUAUAGAGUACAAACGCCCGACUGACGGAUGGGCAAUGAGCAUAAAUCCUACACUCUUUUACUAACCUUAAUUGCUUUUACAUGAGAGGUUAAACUCUGGGUUUUAGAAUAAGAUCAGGAUAGGAAGUCAUGUCACACCACUAAGCCACUGUCUGCCCUUUCACACAUGUAUAUUGACUGCAGCUUAUGUUUAAUAGUUAUUUUAAUAAUUACACACAAAAAACUAAUUUUGAGCAGCAUUUCCCCCAUCAUUUAAGAUCAGAACACAUUUGUAUUAGAGUUAAAUCAGUUGGGAUAUGCACAGUACAAUUGAGCGCAAUGAUUCUUUAUAACAAACCAGUUUAUUUCAGACAAUCUCCUUACGUUGAAACAGUAUCACAGCAAUAUUAUAAGUGCAUGUCAGGGGCUAAAGAAGUUCUCCCUACAAUCAAAACUGGUGUGGUAUGGCCAACUUAAGGAGAGGUGAGGGAACGGCUUCAUUCAAAGUAAAACACAGUACUUCACCUUACACUAAGCUUGUGCGUGUGACAAUUGAAACAUUAUCAGUUAUAUCAACUAAAAUCAUGCACGUUGUUGAUUCACAUUUCUCUUCUUUGGUUUUGCAAGUAA